AUGGCAGAAAAGGACGAGGGCCAGAGGACCAUCGUCUUCUUCCACCCGGACCUUGGUAUUGGCGGCGCAGAGCGUCUCGUCGUUGACGCUGCGGUCGGCCUGCAGAAUCGCGGCCACAAGGUCGUCAUCUUCACCAGCCACUGCGACCGGAGCCAUUGCUUUGAGGAAGCCCGUGAUGGAACCCUCGAUGUCCGCGUCCGCGGUAACUGGAUAGUGCCCCCCUCGAUCCUCGGCCGCCUGACCAUCCUCUGCGCCAUCCUGCGCCAGCUCCACCUCCUCGUCCAGAUCUACCUCACCCGCGAGCUCCAGUCCCUCGAACCCGACACCUUCUUCGUCGACCAGCUCAGCGCCGGCUUGCCGCUGCUGCAAUACCUCUCGCCCAAGGCGCCCAUUCUCUUUUACUGCCACUUCCCCGACAUGUACCUCGCCCUCGGCCGCGAAAAGUGGUGGAAGCGCCUCUACCGCGUGCCGUUCGACUGGGUCGAGGAGUGGAGCAUGGGCUUCGCCGACGAGAUCGCCGUCAACUCGGGCUUCACAAAGGGCGUCGCCACAAGGGCCUGGCCGCAGCUGGCUAAGCACAAGGACUUCAAGGUCGUCUACCCCUGCGUCGACGUCGCGCCCAAGAAGAGCGACACGGCCAAGCUGAUUGGCGACGGUAAGGUCAAGGACAAGGAUGGAAAGGAGGACGAGGCUAUCUGGACGGACAAGAACAUCGUCCUCAGCAUCAACCGAUUCGAGAGGAAGAAGGACAUUGCGCUCGCCGUCAAGGCGUUUGCGUCCCUAACCGCCGAUAAGAGAAAGGGCGUGCGACUCGUCAUCGCCGGCGGCUACGACCUCCGCAGUAUCGAGAACUGCCAGUACCAUAAGGAGCUCGAGGAGCUGGCAGCGUCGUACGGCCUCGAGACGUUCACGGCCAAGAACAUCAUCACGGCGCUGUCGGCGCCGGCGCACAUCCCCGUACUGUUCCUCCUCUCCAUCCCCUCGAGCCUCAAAGACUCGCUUCUCCGGUCGGCCAAGCUGCUGGUGUAUACGCCCUCCAACGAGCACUUUGGCAUCGUGCCCCUCGAGGCCAUGCUUGCCGGCGUCCCCGUGCUCGCGGCGAACACAGGCGGGCCAACUGAGACGGUCGUCGACGGCGUCACGGGCUGGCUGCGCGAGCCGGGCCGCGUCGAACAGUGGACGGCGGUCAUGGACGAGGUGCUCAACCGCAUGAGCCGGGCCGAUCUCGAAAAGAUGGGCAAGGUCGGCGAGCAGCGCGUGCGCACCGGGUUCGGCCAGGAGAAGAUGGCGGAGCGCAUCGAGAGGAUACAGGACGACAUGGCGGCGGCGCAGAGGGUGCCGCCCCUGAUGAACGCCGUGCUCAACUUUUUGGGCAUUGGUAUCUUCUUUGCGCUGGGCCUGGUCACGUCGCAGAUGUUUGCCAAUGCGCGGGAGAAGAAGAGGGCGUGA